AUGCCCACAGCCCCCUAUGACCUCAUCGCCUGGACAACUCAGCCCAAAGGCCAUCGCUACUCCCUCAAGCAGCACUACACCAUUGAAGCUGUUGAGAAAUCUGAGGAUCCGGAGACCUUGAACCCUGACACCGAAGCUUUGCCAUCAGCUGAGUCCCAGGCAGGGACUGAAGGAGAUUUGCUAGACUCAGAAGACCUGCAGGCUGGGCCGGUCCCUCCCUCCCCAGGAAGCAGUGUCCCCGCCUCGCAUAGCGCACCCACAGUGGCCCUGGGGAGGAGGCCCCUGGACUCCAGCCUGCACAUGGCCAGCGAGGAGGACACCUACAUGCGCUCCAUGACCGGCUUGCUGGGAGGGGGCGAAGGGUCCAUCAGCUCCCUGGCACACAUCCUGGUCUGGUCUGAGACCACCAUGGCCAUGGCCACGGGCUUCCUGGAGUCAGGACACAGCUCGGUGACAGAUCUGCUGCACAGCACGGGGCCCAGCCUGUUCUCCACCUCCAGCAUCCUGCAGAACGCUAGCUCGGCCUUCUCCUCUGGGCUGGGAGCAGGGACCAGCUCAGUCUUUCGCUCCAUCACCCACAUGCUGGAGAGAAUGGAACAGAGGACAGUAGAGAGCAUCCGCUCAGCCAUGAGUUACAUGACCAGCCACCUCACCCCACUCUGGCCCCAACAAUGA